AUGCAGAUUGCUGUACUGUCACUGAUACUUCUUGUUUUAAUUACCUUUACAUCGGCAGGCCCGAUUUAUACGCAUAGCGACGCGGUCCGCAGAGUUAAUCAACCCCAAAAGCGCUACGUUGUCGUCCAUAGUAUCGACGCUUCGCAAGAGGGACGCAGGAGACGACAAGCUCCGACCGAUCCAGGAGAUCAAGUGAGAGCAGCACAAACGAGCUCCCCUGCCGAAGCAUCAAAAGCUCCCACCGGCGGUGGCUCUAAGGACGGCAAAGCACCAGCUGUGGGCGUUGGCGCAGGGAAUAUCAGCGAUCUGAGUUUCUUGACUGAAACUGCCCCUGCCACAACAUCGGCCCCUGGUGCGGCUGAAUCUUCAGACAUUAUUACAACCAUAGUAGCUGCAGCUGCAGUGAGUGCAACGGAUGCAAGUCCUAGAUCCGAGACUACCUCUGCCAGUAAGGGAUCAGAGGAUGGAAAAGUCCCAGCAGUAGGUGUUGGUGCGGGCAAUACUAGCAACUUGAGUUUCUUGACGCAGACAACCACAUCAUCGACUGCCGGCGCCUCGCUUGUGUCAGAAACAACAGUGACAACAACGGUUCCAGCAGCUUCGAAUGCUGACAGCCCAGCAGCAGCCACACAACAGGCAACUGAUAUAGCUCCAUCGACCACUAUCGGGGGUGCAAUAGUGUCAGAGACAUCAACGUCUCCAGCAACGGUAACAAAUAACCCCGACACCACGCAGCCUGCGUUCGGAUCUGCAUUCGGCACCGUUGUUGCGACAGAGUCUGCCAGCGACCAUUCAAAUCCCUCUUCAGUGAUAGGAACAGGCACUGCCAUCGUUCCGCCAGCACGAGCCGAGACCAUCACCACGCAACCUGCACCUGAUUUCGCGUCAACCACCACUGUCCAGGUUCAAACUACAAUAUUCACCACCGUCGAUGUCACCGCCGAGGUCACUGCCGCGGCAGUCACAAGCUCAUUGGACGCGACCACCGAAGCGUCGACGCAACAGAACCAACAGUCCACCGACUCUUUGGGAGCAACUCCAUCAGGGACCGAACUACCUUCAUCAUCGCCUUCGUCGCCCUUGGCCUCAGUCGCAGUAGUAUUUGUUACUGCCUCGCCCGCGACUACUGCCAGCCUGACCCCUGAAGCCACCAUAAUCACCCCAGGUCUAGGGACUAUUAGCAUUGCUCAGACGGCACUGUCCGAGCCAGGAACACCUCUGCCUGUUGAGACGAAUGUGCCAAGUGAAGAGCCGCGGCCGAGUACCUUGUCUACGGCAUCGCCGUUCCCAGAUCCAGCGUCUUCGAUCACGACGUCUGUGCAGCCAAGCGGCAUAGAAGGUAAAGGGCAGCAAGAUGCUCCAACAACCACAACACCAGAUCCCGUGGUCGUUGUUCCUGUGACGUCUGGCCCAAUCUCGAGCCCUGUAGUGACGCAAGCUCAAGCCCAAGGCCCAGCCCCGGUGACAGAGAUAAUUACGGAGACGGUGACGACGACGGUGACAGUGCAAUAAAUUAUCGAACUAGAUAUAAACAUACUGUCCGAGGUCAAGACGCACGGCGUUGAUACAAGGCGAGCGAUACUGAAUUGAGGGGAUGGUGCAACAGCGAUGUACAAAAUGUAUGAUGAUGCCUUGGGAACAAGACCAUUUUGGGCUAUGGCGGCGGAAGCAUUCUAACUGAGAACGGCAUAUGGGAUUUUUGUCCUCGCGCCGCGGCUUCACCUUCCAGCCUGGGUGGAUCAAAUCAACCUCCAACCAUGACUCCAGAUGGACUAAAAGAGACGUCCCUCGAAACACGAACCUAUACUGGCCCCAACAAAAGCUAUAUCAGGUUACACAAAGAGGGUUGAGCCUUCGUCGUUGGCGCUUCA